UGCGAAGCCACCUUCAGUCAGAGAAGGCUCUACAUGACCAUGACGGAACAUAACUUGUUUGUCACCUCUGGCUUGAAGUAUCAAGAAAUUUUCAUAUUUGGUAAGCGGAGUGAUUACGGCCGGGUUUUCCGAUUGGGCCAAAACACGGCCCGUGGGUUCACAACAAGAGCCCAACAAAUAGUCUCAACCUUUCAAACUGUUUGGGCCUUGGGCCCCCGCCAAAUCGGUACUCCAACGUCUAGCCCGUCGCGUUUCGCCUUUCAACUUCAACAUCUUCCUCUGCGUUCAGCAAAACCAAACAAAAACCCCACUGUAACCAAAAAGACCGUCGAGCCCUCAUCAGCAUCACCAUGCUUUCCUCCGCAGUCUCUUCAUCCCUCCUUAUCUUACACAAGCCCUUAGCUCGCGUUAUCAGAUUCCCCAUCCCCAAGCUCCCUCUCUCUCCAAACCCUAGACCCCUCUCUUCUCUCUCACCCGCCGCUUCUGCUCUCACCCCCAAUGCCGUCGGCUCCGGCGGUCGCUCCGGAGCUCUAUCUCCGGCGCCGAUCACCGAAGACCUCCAGAAGAUCGACGUCAACCCUCCCAAGGGCACCAGGGACUUCCCGCCCGAAGAUAUGCGGCUCCGCAACUGGCUCUUCUACCAUUUCAGAGAGGUCUCGCGGUUGUUUGGCUUCGAAGAGGUCGACUUUCCAGUUCUCGAGUCCGAGGCUCUGUAUAUUAGAAAAGCAGGAGAGGAAAUUCGAGACCAGCUAUAUUGCUUCGAAGACCGAGGUAAUCGUCGAGUUGCAUUGAGGCCUGAGCUCACUCCUUCUUUGGCAAGACUGGUGAUACAGAAAGGGGUUUUGAUAGAGGAGGAAAGUUGCGAGCCAUUUGUGGUGGUGGGCGAUAUGAUCGCUUGCUUUCUACUUUUGGUGGUGAUGACAUUCCUGCUAGUGGCUUUGGAUUUGGUGAUGCUGUCAUAGUGGAAUUGCUAAAGGAGAAGGGUCUUCUGCCAGAACUCAGCCUGCAAGUAGAAAACAUUGUGUGUGCUCUGGAUCCUGGACUUCAAGGAGCCGCUGCCACAGUUGCCACCAUACUCAGGGGAAAAGGUCAAAGUGUUGAUUUAGUCUUGGAGAACAAACCGCUCAAAUGGGUAUUCAAGCGUGCAGCAAGAAUAAAUGCUAAUAGGUUGAUAUUGGUGGGAGAUUCAGAGUGGCAAAGGGGUAUGGUGGGUGUGAAAAUCCUUUCUUCCGGUGAACAACAUGAGAUCAAACUUGAUGAACUCGAGUGAUAAGAAUUGAUUAUUUAGAGGUUGUACUCAAUUUGUUUUAUUUUUAUAGCUUCUCAGUCACAACACAUCCAUUGGCACAAUUCGACUCUAGGAGUCACAUGAUUGCCACUUUGGUUUGAUGGAUGGACAUGACAUUCUUGAAUACUACCCAGAAUACAAGAAGAUGAAGGCAUCAUACAGAGGGAUUUUCUCUAAACUCAAAUUUUUGAAAGACAAGAAAAUGAAGAGAACUUUGUGUUUAUAUGAAAGAAUUUCUGCUAUCUUGGAGAGCAGAUUGUGUUUAGAAUGGCAGUGGUUGCUAGGAUGCAAAUGGAAAUCGGCUUCGUGAGUUGGAUUUCUGGAACUAAAAACACUUGCUGGUAUAACAAUGUAGUAGAAGAAGAAUGCGACCCAGUGUGUCUUCCUCACGAAGAAGAAAGAUGCAGAUGACAUGAAGUCUCUUACAGAUUGACACUCUGCAGAAUUGUGAAGGUACCAUGUGAUCUUUUCUUUAAGAUAACCAGUUUCUAAAUUCAGUCAUUUUGUUUUAACUUGGACUGGUCUAUAUUUGCUCUUUAAGAGAAAUUUGAAAUUGCUCAUUUCACAGAGAAUGA